AUGCCGUCGCAGCACUCCUUAAACUCCGUGCAAGCGUUUCUUGGCAAUGUGCCGGCGUCGUCUGUGCGGGAGGAUCUGGGCCUACAGGAUGUGCCGCACAAUGAUGAGGGACUACGGCGCCUUGCCGCGGAUGCAAAUUGGAGCGCUGUGCUGUUGUUGGCAGAACAGUUGGUCGCUGAAGUGGACGCAGACACCCCGCAAGAAAUUUCUGCCAAGCUGCGUUACACCCUUGUGCAGGUGACGGCGUACUUUAGCAUGCAGCGGUAUGCGGCUGCGAAGAAGUUGGUGGAUGCGUUGGGUGACCUCAACAGCGAUCGAUUCACUGACCCGGCAACAAACGAGUCUGUAGUGCCCUUUUCUCUUCGUUUUAUCGGCGCCCUCCUACCUAGCUACUGCGGCACCCCAAUGGAAACACAGCGCAGGCUGUACGUCUUGCUGGGCGAGUGCCAAAAACAUGCAGGCGGAGCGGCGUCAGCUGCCUGGGGCACCCGCCUCAAGCGGGUUCAGCGUGCACUUGUAGUGAGCCACUACCAGGCAGAGCAGUACGCUGAGGCAAUGCGGUUGUCUGAAGCGAUGAUAUCGGCGGAGCGGUACGACGAUGAGGAGGGCGCGGACUGUAGGGUCCUGCAACAGAUGUUGCAACUCCAGCGGUUUGCGACGCUAUGCUUGCGUUGCGGCAACCCGUUUCUUGCCGAGGAAGUCUUUCGGGCAAUUGCGGGUCUCAACACCGUUGACGAGACGGAUGACGUCCGGCAGUUCCAUCGUUUUCUGCUCAUGGUCAACCGUGCGCUUUGGCUGACGUUUAACGAUAAAGCGGAUGAGGCUGCGCACAUCUUUUGCGAAGUGGCACGUGGCACGAGUGAGUUUUGCCGUGGGCUGAGCACGGUGACGCAGCCCACCGCCGUUGUUCCCACAGUCUCCUCCCAGCCACUCACUAGUGCCACGGCUGGCUUAGCGGCUGUCAGGGCACAGUCGGCUCUCUGCCGAAAGGCGUUUCACCAACUAUGGGUGGACGCGGCGACUUCGCACGUGACAUGCAUCCCCUACGAGGCCAAGCGUAGCAAGAAUCCGACCACCGUGAUGACGGACAUUAUUGACACAUUGGAAGGCUACCUACGAGAGAACCCUGUGGAGCUGUUGCACUGCGACGCGUUUUUGGGCAACAGUGCGCGGUUCUACACUCUGGAGGGCGGCGCACAGCAGAAAAAGAUGGAGCUGCUGGCGGAUAUGCUUGAGGUAUUUUGCUGUGAACGGGGGUGUAUUCCGCCGCUGGAGAAGAUGGUCUAA